AUGGACACCUCGACCCCGAGACACUCGGAUCACUUCCAUAGGACAGUGCCAGAUCCCAUUCCUUCGUCCUCUCCUGCAUUUGGCACGCCAGCACGUCCAUUUCGCACCACUAGGCCCAAUGCCCCUCCCCCGAAAACUUCAAUUUUGCCGAUCCUGCUUCCACCGUCGACGCUUCGACCAGUGGCCUUUCGCACCUUCACCCGCAAGCACAACCUGACCAUCUCGUCCCCAGCCCUUCAAACCUUAGCGGUUUUUGUUGGCAAGCAUUGUGGUUCAGGAUGGCGCGAAGAAGGUUUAGCAGAGCGUGUCCUGGACGAGGUUGCGAAGAUUUGGAAGAGGGCCGGGGGUGGUGUGAUCGUCGAAGAAGGGAAAGGCGCGUCACUGAGAGCCAUACUGCAGACCCUAGAAGGUAGCAUGAGCGGCGGCAGGGUUGUCGCCGGGAAAGCCAGCGCGGACGGAUCGGGGAGGGCAUCGAGUCUCGGGGAUGAUGGGCGAAUGAACACAAUCAAUGAGGGGUCUCUUGCAACGAGACCCGGGGAUGCCGAGGAGGACGACUCUCAUAAAUCCCUUUGGCCGCGGCAUUGGCUCAAAGCGAUUGACGCAUUUGACCUCCCUCGUCUGACUUACAAUAUCGAAAAGAAAUAUUUCGAGGCUAUCAAGGCUAAACCCACCCUGUUCCCACCGCCGUCUCACAAGACCGCGCUUUUCAGAGAUCGGUAUAACCUUGUGUACCAGCGACUUCUUCGCAAUGAGUCUUUCCAGAGCUCUCUGGGUGUUGCCGGGGUUCCCUCGCUGCAACGAUCAGCAUCGAACCUCGCCCCUCGGCAAUCUUACAAGUUAACGCCAAUCGCGAAUUUGCUUGGCAGAAGCGGCAGUUCACAUAUGCUCCUAGGACUGCUGUCGAUCUCCCCUACUGGGGAUCUAUCUCUUGUGGAUCUUACUGGAAGUGUGGCCUUGGACCUGACUCACACACGAAUGAUACCUGAAGACGGCGCGUGGUUUUCCCCGGGAAUGAUUGUCCUGGUUGAUGGCGUCUACGAAGAGGAGGAAAUGGUCAAAGGAGGCGUUCUUGGAGGGAACACAGGGGUUGGAGGAGCUAUAGGAGGGCAUUUUGUCGGGAUAUCCAUUUGCGGACCUCCCAGUGAGCGAAGAGAUCUCUCCCUGGGAACAGGCCCCCAAGGAAGUGGGGAACUGAAUUCUAGCGGUGGCUUUGGAUGGGUCGAUUUUCUCGGAAUUGGGAGCGAACGAGCCCAAGGAGCGCGAAUGAGAAGGAUCCAGGAGAAAUGUCUGCGAGCCGAGCUGGAUGCGACGGAGACUACGCGGCUCAAGAUUGCGGUGAUGAGCGAGGUCAACCUCGACAACAUGGGCACUUUAGACGCCCUGCGGAAGGUUUUCAGCAUCUACAAUGACCUGUCCAUCCUCGAACGACCACAAGUCUUUGUCUUGAUCGGCAACUUUGUGCGGCGAGCCAGCAUCAGUGGCGGUGGCCGAGCUGGGAGUAUUGAGUACAAGGAAUAUUUCGACUCGCUUGCGCUGGCCCUGUCUGACUACCCAGCGUUGUUGCAACAUGCGACUUUUGUCUUCGUUCCCGGCGAUAAUGAUCCCUGGGCGUCGGCAUUUUCGGCCGGCGCUGCUUCCACAGUUCCGCGGCAGCCGAUCCCAGAGUUGUUCACUUCACGCGUCAGACGUGCCUUCGCCGCGGCAAACUCGGAGCUUGACCGAUCACAGGCGUCAGAUCCGCCCGGCGAGGCGAUUUGGACAUCGAACCCGGCGCGUCUCGCAUGGUUUGGCCCCGUGCAUGAUAUUGCUAUCUUUCGCGAUGACAUCUCGGGAAGACUGAGACGCAGCGCUGUCAACACCAAGCCCGACGACGAGGAGCGGGAGGGGGAGGAGGCGGAGGAUACUACCAUGCAUGAGGCUUUGGACGGUGCUAUGGGGGACAUGGAGGAUCACACAGAUAUGGCCCAGCAAAAGGGUACCAACCUUGGCGCUCCAUCACCAGGGGCAUUCGUGGCUCGCAAACUCGUCAAGACCGUUUUGGACCAAGGGACUGUCUCCCCGUUCCUACUCACGCAGCGGCCUGUCCUGUGGGAUCACGGGUCCGCUCUCCAAUUGUACCCGUUACCUACGGCCCUCAUCCUCGCGGACCCCGAGGUUGCAGCUUUCUGCAUGACCUAUGAAGGUUGCCACGUCAUGAACCCUGGUCGUUUAAUCCCAGAGGGCGAUGUCCCGACGGUGCGAUGGGUCGAGUACGAUGUGUUGCGGAAUCGAGGCAGAGUGAAAGAAGAGCGUUAUUGA